AUGCCUCGCGACAGAUAUACCCGUCAAUCUCUAGGCUCGACGCAGCGACUAGUCAAAGAGUCCCGUGUCCUCCUUGUCGGCGCCGGCGGCAUAGGCUGCGAGCUGCUCAAGAACCUCGUCCUCACAGGGUUCGGCGAAAUCCACAUCAUAGACCUUGACACGAUCGACCUUAGCAAUCUAAAUCGACAGUUUCUCUUCCGGCAAGAACAUAUCAAGAAACCAAAAGCACUGGUCGCAAAGGAUGUGGCGCAGAAGUUCAACCCGACCGUCAAACUGUUCGCGUACCAUGCAAAUAUAAAAGACAAGCAAUUCAACCUGGAGUGGUUUUCGGGCUUCAACAUCGUCUUCAAUGCGCUCGACAAUAUGGACGCGAGACGGCAUGUCAAUAAAAUGUGUUUAGCUGUCGAUGUCCCCCUGGUCGAAUCUGGCACUACAGGCUUCAAAGGUCAAGUGCAGGUCAUCAAGAGGGGCAAGACUGCUUGCUACGACUGCACUCCCAAGACUACUCCGAUUUCCUACCCUGUCUGUACAAUCCGAUCCACUCCGAGUCAACCAAUCCAUUGCAUUGUAUGGGCAAAGAGUUACCUUCUGCCAGAGCUGUUUGGCGUGAGUGAAGAUGAGGCGGCUGAAAUGGACUCUUCAGAAGAUACGGAUAAUGCCGAGGAGAUUAAAAAUUUAAAAGAGGAGGCACAGGCUCUGAAGAAAAUCAGAGCGUCAAUGGGUUCGAACGACUUCGCCAAGCAGGUGUUUGACAAGGUAUUCAAAGAAGAUAUAGAAAGAUUGGUGAAGAUGGAGGACAUGUGGAAAGACAAGAAACCACCAGAACCGCUUUCGUACGAUACACUUGAGCAAGGAGCAAGCAUGGUCGGCUCAGAAGUAGCUGAGCAUGGUCAACAAACAUGGUCCGCCGUCGAGAACUUUGCUGUGUUCAAGGACAGCCUGAAUCGUCUGGUGAAGAGAUUCUCUCAGGAACAAGCGGCCGCCUCAAAAUCCGGGGAUUUGCAGCCCACAAUCUCCUUCGACAAAGAUGAUGAUGAUACGAUGGACUUUGUUGCUGCAGCUGGUAACCUGCGAGCAAUCAUUUUCGGCAUCGAACCCAAGUCAAAAUUUGAUAUCAAGCAGAUGGCAGGCAAUAUCAUCCCCGCAAUCGCCACCACAAAUGCCAUGGUCGCCGGCCUCUGCGUGUUGCAGGCAUUCAAGGUAUUGAAAGGCGACUACGCUCGGACGAGAUGGCUCUGGCUGGGGAUUGGUUCAUUGCGGACAGACCAAUUAGACCUACCAAGCCCAGACUGUCCCGUCUGCAGCGUUGCUAUGGCAAGAGUCCAUGUUGAUAUUGAAAAAGCCACACUAGGUGACCUGGUACAAGAGGUUUUGCGGACCAGACUGGGCUAUGGAGAAGAACUGACAGUCAUGACUGAGGCCGGCGUGGUAUAUGACCCCGACCUCGAGGACAAUUUGGAGAAAAAGCUGUCAGAUCUGAAUAUCGAUGACGCAAGUUUUGUUAUUGUCAAGGACGACGACGACGACCAGCCCCGGGUCGACCUCCAAAUAGCCAUCGAGACGAAGAAACCAAAGGACGAAAACAAAGUCGUUUUGCUUGUUGAGAAGGAAGGCGAAGCAUUUGAGAUUCCUCGGAUAACGAAGAAGCAGCCUGCUCCCACAGAUAAUCACGCCGGAGAAGACGAUACGAAUGGUGUGAUCAUCACGAACGGUGUCUCAAGCACUAUUGCGCUCCCUAACGGCAAGAGGAAGCGGCCCUUGGACGACGAAGGAGAAGAGGGUGCUACGCCGGCAAAGAAAUUGCAAGGCUCGACCUCGGGAGUGGCAAAGAAUGGUGACAUGCAAGCAAUUGUAAUCGACGAGGAUGACGGAGCGCUCAUCAUCGCAGAUGAUGACUGA